AUGGGACAAAAAGGAGGGAGAGAUGCAUUUGUUUCCCAAGGUUUUGAUACUUGGAAUAAAAAAGAUGCAUUUCGGACUCAUGUGGGUGGUGUUGAUAGUUUUCACAACAAAAUUGGUCAAGAUGUCUUUGCUUUACUAGUUGAUGGAUCUAAUGAUGUUUCAAAAAAGGAACACAUGGCUAUUGUUUUGCGUUAUUUCGAUAGUCUUGGCUUUGUGAAAGAAAGAUUCAUAGGACUAGUGCACGUGAAGGACACAUCUUCUUUGACACUCAAAAAUGCCAUAAAUGAAUUUGUGUCUCGUGUAAAAGAAAAGACUUACUACGAGAACAAGCAAGAGAAAGGGUGCAAAAAGGCUUGUGUAGUGGUGAACUUGAAACCAAAAGAGGUUUUAGAUUUUGUGAAAGAUGAGGGAAGGUCAUUGGCAAACCGUCAACAAGCAUCCGAAAUCUUAGCAUAUUUUAAAUCAUAUGAGUUUGUGUUUUACUUACAUAUAAUGUAUGACAUUUUAUGCCUCACGGGUACAUUGUCAAAGCAACUUCAAAGAAAAGAUCUAGACAUUUUAGAAGCGGCUUCGAUGGUUAGAGGGACAAUGGAUGCAUUGCAAUCUUUUAGAAACACAUGGUUUGCUAGCAUUUUGCCAAAGUAUCCUCUAUUUUGUCAAACACGUAAAAUUGAUACUUUAGAUAUGGAAGACUUGUAUAUUGGUGCGAGAAACCGUAAGACUACAAAGACUAAUAGGUUUCAUUUUGAGGUUGAAAUCUUCAACACGGUGGUAGAUAUGCAACUUACAGAAUAUCAGGUUCGAUUUAGUGAAACAAGCACCCAGUUACUAGAAUACAUGAGUGCUUUGAGCCCCUGUGAUUCAUUUGCACAGUUUGACAAAUCAAAGUUGUUGAAGUUGGGUAAGUUAUACAAGUAUGACUUUGAUGAUCUGGAUAUGAAAGACCGUGAAGGACAACUUGAGAUAAUUUAUCACUCUUACAUCAAAGAUGAGCGCUUCACUAGUUUGAAAUGA